AACGAAUCGAGAGAGAGUACUCAAGAAGUCGUCAUUAAGCAAUUUCAGUCGGAGGUGGCAACCUUGCGGAAACAAAUGCAGGUGGCGUCCACGAGAGGCUCCAGCCUGGAAGAACUAGCUGCAAAUCCUGCCCCAGCAAGCGUAGAUGAGGGAUCUGGUAUUAAAUGGAACGUGUUCGGACCCAUGCCGUUGGGAACGCCUAUAUUUGACGGCAACGAGUUCGAAGUGCGAGUGACAAAAUGUCACAAACAGCGUGAAACCCCUAUUUAUGGUUGCGAAACAACGGAAGACAUCGAGGUCUAGGUAUUCAACGUGAUAAAGUGGUAUGCAGCAUACGGCUUGUAUUUCCGUAAGGAUCAAGUCGCCUUACGUGUUGGAGAACUCAUGAUGAACCACACGAAAGGAAAGGCAAAGUCGUGGGUACUCCAGGAAUAUCAAGGUAAUCAGCGCUGGAGCCACAUAAUCCGCAAGAUGAAGCAGCGGUUCGUGACAAAGUCCCGCCAAGAAGAUUUAGUGGCCCAGUUCUUUGACUGUGUUCAAGGCAACCGCCCAUUGGACACAAAAAAUGACGAAUUUCGCCGACUAGCACGCACAGCGGGUGUAUCGGAGCACAUAAAAAAUACUUCGCUACAAACAGGGACUAUCGUCAUCGCAACUACUGCAGCUGC